AUGGAGACCAACAAAGUCAGUCGUACUCUCAGGUAUCACACCAAGGUACGAUCCGGAUGUUUGACUUGCAAAAAACGGAAGGUAAAGUGCGAUGAGGCGAAACCGCACUAUCGUUGUUGCACAGGCUCAGGCCGGCGCUGCGAAGGCUAUCGUUCCGAUCGGACAACGCCGCCGAUCUCAGCGAUCUCCGUCCCGAGGAGAUGUUUCCAGUACUUCCAGUCGCAGGCAUGUAAGCCGCUGGGCGGUUACUUCCACUCCUCCUUCUGGGGACCUGAGGUGUUGCAGACGGCGGUCCACUACCCCUCUAUACGGCGCUUUACGCCGCUCACGCUACAACAAUGUAACCUCGCCAUCCGACAGCUCGCCAGCCUCGACCAAGCCCCCCUGGCUUCGGAAGAAGGGGUCACGUUCUGCACCCUCACUGCCUCGGUUCUUUCCAUCUACCUGGCGAGCAUCCGCGGCCGCUUCCUCGAGGCCUUCCAACAUGUCCGUUCCUCUCCCAAGAUCUUGCAGGAUUUUGAUCGCUCGACAUGCCACCAUCCUGAUGCCACAUGCCACCACGCGGGGCGCCAUCUUGCCAGGAGCGCAAGGCAGCAGUGGCUCGCCACCGGGAGCUCUGCUAGGCGCUCGAAAGUAGCCAGAACGCCCUGGAUUUCCUGGUGCAGGAGCUUUCUGAGUCCGGAGAUGGCGAGGGUCAAGUGA